CUGUGCAAUGCACUGAAUUACGUCACUUCCACGGAAGCGAGCCCGUCGGACUUCGAACCAAAGUAAAUAAAGUAAAAGCAAACACGGCGCGACCGCUAUGGAAAAGUUCCCGACUUUAAAGGAUUUCUGCUUCCGAGCAAUACACGAGCAACAUUUUCGUGCUGUGGGCACCGCGGCGCUUCUCAGUCUUCCAGCAGAGCUGAUAAAAGAGCUUCUUCCUCUCCUGAACGUGUGUCAGCUGGACGAGCUUCAGCCGGGGCUCCAGCUCAAGGGAAUCUCCACCUUCUCGUCAUGGGUGAAGCUCUACCAACAUUUUCAGAACAAACGCAAGCCAAAGAUCUUUCUCACCGAGCAAGAGGUGAGAGUGGAAGUGAUGCGAGCGAUGUUUGCCGAGCUCCUCGACACCUCCUCGCUAGACGCGGACGCCUGGAAAAACGUGAGCGUUCCCACCUUCGCGUCGACGGCCGUCAAGAGCGUCGACCACGUGACGCUCAGCUCCGACAUGCGCCCCCACGUGGACUUGACAUCGGGCGAGCGGACUCUUCUCGACAGUCUGGAGAAGACUGCGGAGAAGCUGACGUUGUUAUUUAAGGACGGACGCAUCUCGCUGGAUACGUCCCAGCGACUGUUCUUCACGAUCCAUCGCCUUCUGGACCACGGCACGGUUAAGCACCUCACCCUGCGGUCGCCCUUUGUCAACUUCUUGAGCUGGCUGCUCGGCUACAGCGGGCAUCUGUAUCGAUCCCUCACGGAGUGGCAGAACAAUGAAAGUUUGAGUACCGCUCCUACUAUACAUUUUUAUUAUGAUGAAUAUUUAGAAGAAUUCCACUCUGAAGACGGUCCCGCAAUGAAACUCAGGAGGAUGGAGGACCCAUACUGUGAGGCUCCACGGUACCGUUGCAAAGACUGCGUGGCUCCUCGUCCAGAUCCAAAGAUUGAAAGUCUGGAAGUGAAAAUGCAUUUCCCGGAGCAAGUGGCAGAUGUCGUCGAGAUCCUGCCCACUUUUGACAGCCUCACCUCUCUGACGCUGAUCUCCUGCUCGACCAUUCCGAUCGGGCACAUUCACGACCUGGCAAAAGCUUUGCGGUCUUUGGCCUCGCGCCCCCACCGAUCCCUCCGCCGGCUGGCCGUCUGCUUGUUGCCGUGCGUGUCGCUGCUCGCCGUGCUGCUGAAAGCCUACCGAGAACUCAAGGAGCUGGACGUGGAGUUCCACAUCAUCCGGUUCAACGCGAGGUGUGAGGAGCUGGAAGGCGAACUUCCUCUGGAGCGCCUGUCCGUCAUACUGGACGAGCCCUUGAUGGACCCCGCCUUCCUGCUGAAAACGCUGCCGCUGUGCCCGCGUCUGGUCUCGCUGCACGUCUCCGAAAUGCGUCUGCCCGUCGCCUGGUCUCACAAGGAGCUCCUCAACACACUUGCAGAGUCAAACGCUUGCCUGACAAGUCUCAGCCUGUCCAACCUCAACCUGUCCGAUUGUCUGGAGGAGAUCGUCAAGGUUUUGAGGGUCUGCAAGCUGGAAGAGCUGGACCUCACCAGCUGUCGCCUUCUGGAGCGUUGCGUCGGCAAGGCCGAGCGGCUGCGUGACUUGGCGGACGCCCUGAAGGCGCUGCCGUCCCUGCGCAAACUCACCUUGUCUCGGAACCGCCUGGCCGAACACGUCCACGCGGUGGCCGGACUCUUCUCCGGACCUGCAGCCGCUUCGCUCCAGUACCUCAAUGUCAGUGCCAACUUCAUUCAGCCAGCAGACCUGCGGGUCUUCGCCGAGGUCUUGAGCUCGCGCCCCCCUCUGAGCAAACUCACACUGGAUGUCACGGACAACCCGGGAGAUCGCGACGCCGUCACCUGGAACGCGGCCCUCGACAAGCUCCGCCCUUUGUGUCACCACCUACGGACCAACCGGUGGAACUCGAGAAACGCCAUGGCCGAUCACGUCAGCAACAUGUGAGGCGGCGGA